UAUCAGGCUACCCAGCCCAGAAGAUCCAGUUUUCACUUAAAUAGCCAGCAAGUCUUGAAGUCUCUUCCCAUGAAAUUGGGAGCUUCCUUGGACCUUGGAGCACAUAGAGGAUUCUACUUUCUUUAAAAUUUUGUUUUCAGGCAAUUUCCCUGAGAAUCGUUUGCCUCCAGAGGAUUGGUGGAGCUUGAUCUGAAGGCUGACCAUGAGCUCUCAAGGUCCACAUUCAGAUAAAAACUGUAAAGGGACCUUUCGUGAGAAGCUUCUGAUUAUUGGUUCAAACCUGGGAGUCGAAGAUGUGGAGCACCUCAAGUUUCUCUGCAUAGGCUUGGUCCCCCACAAGAAGCUGGAGAAGUCCAGCUCAGCCUCGGAUGUUUUUGAACAUCUCUUGGCAGAGGAUCUGCUGAGUGAGAGCGACCCCUUCUUCCUGGCGGAACUCCUCUAUAUCAUAGGGCAGAAGAAGCUGCUGCAGUACCUCAACUACACCAAAGAGAAAGUGGAGCAGUUGCUGCCCGCCCAAAGAAGGGUCUCUCUGUUCAGAAACCUGCUCUACGAAGUGUCAGAAGGCAUUGACAAAGAGAAAUUAAAGGACAUGAUCUUCCUUCUUGGAGAAUUGCUUCCCAAAACCGAAAUGACCUCUCUAGGUUUACUGGCAUUCCUAGAGAAACAAGAUAAAAUAGAUGAAGAUAAUCUGACAUACCUGGAGGACCUCUGCAAAAUGGUUGUACCUAACCUUUUGAGAAACAUAGAGAAAUAUAAAAGAGAGAAAGCUACCCAGAUAGGGAUACCUCCUGUAGACAAGGAAGCUGAGUCUUUGUAUCAAGGAGAGGAAGAACUGUUUUCCCAAACAGAAGUUAAAACAUUCUUGGAAGCCUUACCGGAGGAGUCCUGGCAAAAUAAGCAUGCAAGGAGUGACAGUAACAGAGCCACAAAUGGUGCACCAAGCCUGGUCUCCAGGGGGAUGCAAGGAGCAUCUGCUGACUUUCCCAAUUUUGAAACCAGCACAAAGGGGGCAGCUGUGUACAGGAUGAAUCGGAAGCACAGAGGCCACUGUGUCAUUGUCAACAACCACAGCUUUACCUCCCUGAGGAAUAGACAAGGAACCUAUAAAGAUGCUGAGGUCCUGAGGCGUGUGUUCAACUGGCUUGGGUUCAGAGUGUGCACAUACAAUAAUGUGACAAGGGGGCACAUGGAGAAGGUCCUGCAGGAGCAGAAGUGCAAUCCAGACCAUGUCAACGGGGACUGCUUUGUGUUCUGUAUUCUGACCCAUGGGAAAUUUGGAGCUGUCUACUCUUCAGAUGAGGCCCUCAUUCCCAUUCGGGAGAUCAUGUCUCACUUCACAGCCCUGCAGUGCCCUGGACUGGCUGAAAAACCUAAACUCUUUUUCAUCCAAGCCUGCCAGGGUGAUGAGAUACAGCCUUCUGUCUCCAUUGAAGCAGAUGCUCUGAACCCUGAGCAGCAGCCAGCUUCCCUGCAGGGAAUACUGCAGGACAGUAUUCCCGUUGAGGCUGACUUCCUGCUUGGUCUGGCCACUGUCCCAGGCUAUGUAUCCUUUCGGGAUGUGCAGGAAGGCAGCUGGUAUAUUCAGUCUCUGUGUAAUCGUCUGAAAACAUUGGUCCCAAGACGUGAAGACAUCUUAUCCAUCCUCACUGCUGUCAACAAUGAUGUGAGUCGACGAGCAGACAAACAGGGAACAAAGAAACAGAUGCCCCAGCCUGCUUUCACACUAAGGAAAAAACUCAUAUUCCCUGUGCCCCUGGAUGCGCUUUCAUUAUAGCAGAGAGUUUUUGUUGGUUCUUAGA